AUGGAGCAGCUCGCCCAGUUCGUCUCCAAGAGCUUCGACAACGCGGCUGGCGAACACGCGGCAUGCAGGACAACCACCGAACGGCCACCCUCCGCGAGGAUCACCCUGAGUGUCGCGCAUUUGCUCGGGGAUCCUGCGGAGAACGAAUCGAAUGUCGGCGCUGCGACACGCGAAUCCGUCCAGGAUCCGUCGAGCGUCGAGGGGAGCAGCGUGGACGAGCCGCCGUCGCCGGAAGGCCGCCUCCAACCGGAAGACCUCUCGGUCACGACCAAGAGCAAGGAGGCGAAGGACGCGAUUAACACAACCGACGCCCUGCCGCCCCUCAAGACGCCCGAAUUAAAGCUGUCCGUGAGGAAAUUGUUGGGAUGCAGCCCAUCGCCCCCACCCAUCUCCAGAGAUCGGUCGGCCAGUCCUGAAACUUGCAUCGAAUUGAAGAAUCACGCUUCCAACGACGCGAAAUCCUCGGAUUUGAAGAUACAGUCACAGGUUUCGAAGUCGUUGAUGCAGGAAGAAGGUGGCAAAGGGUCGAAUUGCCGGAACAGCGGCAACGGGAACGGGAAACAGAGAAGAUCUCGAACGAAUUUCACUUUGGAACAAUUGGCCGAAUUGGAAAGAUUGUUCGACGAGACUCAUUAUCCCGACGCGUUCAUGAGGGAAGAACUUAGCCAGAGACUCGGUUUAAGCGAGGCGAGGGUUCAAGUUUGGUUCCAGAACAGGCGUGCCAAGUGUCGCAAGCACGAGAGCCAAUUGCACAAAGGCGUUGCAGGUGGAAUGGUGCUGGCGCCUCGCAGCCCCCCGGCUACGUUGGAACCGUGUCGAGUGGCGCCCUACCUUCCCGCGUUGAGGUUGCACCCCCCGAUCCAGGGUGCAGGUGGCAACAUAACGACCGCACCAGCCUCUGCCUUCGAUCCGGCCGUCCUCCAUUACGCGGCUGCCGGCGGCCUCUUCUGCCUCCCGCCCCCACCGCCCCCGCCACCCGCCGCCAGCCACCAUCCCCCCCACCCCCUCAGCCUCGCGGCCUCGUUGGCCGCGGCCGCGGCGCGCUCCAAGAACAGCAGCAUCGCCGAUCUCAGGUUGAAGGCGAGACGUCACCAGGAGGCCCUUGGACUCGACAGGCCCGCGUAA